AUGGAACGGAUUAUCUACAAUCGCGCUCUAGAGGCGCCUCUCCAGAUGGCUAUCACAGAUGGCGCAGUCUGCCUCACCUACGCCGGACUGCUUACGGAAUCGAUCGAUCUGGCUCACAGACUCAGAGCCAAAAGGGUGUCUGCGCCAGAACCUGUGGGAAUACUGCUUGGCCCGGGCGUCCAGCAGAUUGUCGCCCAGCUGGCUAUCCUCCUGGUCGGUGGCACAUGCGUGCCUAUCGAGCCGACUAUUCCAGAACUUCGCCUCCAGAGCUUGUUGGAAGACAUCGAGGCAAAGUAUAUUAUCACAGGCAGAGAAUCUUGGGUGGACCUGCCCGGAUUUGAAAGUUUCUGCAUUGAGUACCCACAGGAACCGCAAAGCAACGGCGUGCCAAAUUGGGAAUUUGGUACUACGGCGCCCCGGAGCCAUAUCCUCUUUACCUCAGGCUCCACUGGAAAGCCAAAGCCCGUUCAGGUUCGAGCCGACAGUAUAGUUCACCUGGCGACACGUACACCACUCACCCCUCUGUCCCGGGAAGAUCGAGUCGCCCACUUCAACAACGCAGGGUUUGACUUGAGUCUGUUCGAGAUCUGGGCGACACUGCUGUCCGGGGCCACAGUCGUGACUCUCCCUCGGAAGAUAGCCGUCGAUCCUGGUGAACUGCCCUCUUUUCUUCAAGAACACGAAGUGACCGUGAUUAUCAUGACGGCAGCAUUGUUCGAGAUCACGGUCUUUGUGUCGCCCGCGGCAUUCCACACGUUGCGCCAUGUCAUCACGGCCGGGGAUGUUGCCAAUGCCAGAGCGAUGAGGAGGAUGCUGAACAGCGGUCCCCCGGAUCACCUGUGGAAUGCGUACGGACCGACUGAGUGCACCACGUUCGUGACCGCCAUGGAAGUCUUGCCUGAAGAAGCACAGCGGGAUCGUAUCAGUAUUGGACGUCCCGUGGGCGAAACGAGGAUCUACCUGCUGGAUGAAAACCAGAUGCCUAUUCAGCAGAGUGGACGGCGCGGGGAGAUUUACGUUGGCGGACCAGGUCUAGCCAUGGGCUACUUGAACCGGCCAUCCGAGAACAAGAGCUGCUUUAUCGAGAUCCCAAGACAGGAUCUGCGUACAGGGCAGGACGAGGUCGUUCGUCUGUAUCGAACGGGCGAUCUGGCCGAGUGGCGGCCUAAAAGUGACUGUCUAGACUUUAUUGGCCGGACAGACGAGCAGGUCAAGCAUCAAGGCUUCCGGGUGGAAUUGGGCGAGAUCGAACGCGUUCUGCGAAAUCAUGUGGCCGUCCAGGCGGUGGUGGUGGCUCAGCAGAUGGCGUCUACCAACUGCAUGGACUCGCUGGUGGCUUUUGUUAUUGCCAAUGAGGCAGACGAGGUGACUCCAGAGGCUCUGGUAGACUUCUCGCGACGGCGACUCCCUUCAUAUAUGGUGCCCGACAAUGUGGAGCUCGUAAGCACAUUUCCCCUGACGGCUCAUGGCAAGGUAGAUCGCCAGGGGCUGUUACAGCAAUGGGUCGAUUCAGCCGAGGAUGAGCGCGAGCUGGACGCCGACGGGGAUGGAGAGAAGAAAGAUGUCAUUCGCGGUCUCUGGAGCGACCUUCUGAAAGUCCCGCGCAUCAAUGAGGAUGAUGACUUUUUUGCACUGGGCGCCACCUCCCUUCAGGCUGCCUCUCUCUUGGGCAUGGUUCAGGAGCGCAUGGGUCGGACGGUCACCAUGGAGCAGCUGUUCAGGCAUUCCCGACUUUCUGACUUCCAGGCCCUUCUAGAGCCAGAGGAGCCCGUCAGUGAGGGCGAUGCACCGGAUGACACGCAAGCCUGGAUGAGCGAUGUCAAUCUGGUGAACGAGAUUGAAACGGUGCCCGACUGGGAGUCUCCUAGCGAAGGUCGGGUGUUUGUUACUGGCGUGACAGGAUUUGUGGGACCUCACCUACUGCAUAGCUUGAUGCGCCGACCCGGAGUCAAGCAGAUCGCCUGUCUUGUGCGGUCCAAAGGGAGUGAAGAUGUCGUGGGGCGAGUGAGAUGCGCCAUGCAGCGAUACGACCUGUGGGAGGAGUGUCAAGAGCACAGGUCCAAGCUGCUCGUCUUUGAGGGCAAUCUCUCUGACGACCACCUGGGACUGGACCCGGAGCUCUUCGCGUGGCUGGCCGGCUGGGCCUCCGUGGUAUUCCACCUCGGCGCGAAGAUCAACUUCUGCGAGUCGUACCGGGAGCACCGCGAUGCCAACGUCCUCGGCACCCGCAACGCAUUACACCUUGCCGCCGCCGGCCGCCGCAAAUCGUUCCACUAUCUCUCCAGCAUCGACACCUGGGGGUCGACAGGCUUUAUCCUCGGGACGAAGGAGCUCUACAAGGACGAACCCCUGCAGCCUCACAUUCAAGGCCUGCGCUACGAUCUUGGCUACGCGCAAAGCCAAUGGACCGCCGAAGCGAUGGUGCAGCGCAUGCGAGACCGCGGCCUACCUACGGCUAUCUACCGUCCGGGCUUCAUCAUCGGACACAGCAAAACAGGCGCCAGCAAUCCGGACGACUUCGUCAGUCGUAUAAUCGCCGGAAGCAUCCAACUCGGCCUGUUUCCUCGCCUCGACCAACGUCUCGAAUACGUACCUGUCGACUAUGUCGUCUCCGCCAUGCUGCACAUCGCCUCAUCGAACGCGAAUCUCGGUCAUUCAUAUAGCCUCGUCGCGCCGGACCGGCGUGAAUCCGUCACCGUCGUCGACACCGCCCGCGUGCUCAACGAAGCCGGACACCCUGUCAAACUAGUCGAUUACCCCGAGUGGGCAGCACAAGCGGCGACGCACCAGCGGCUCGACGGGCCAUUAGCGCCCCUACUUCCGAUGUUACAGGAACGAGUCCUUGGACAGCUGACGCGCUGGGAAGCGAGCCAGUAUUCGCCGGUGUAUCGGUGUGAUAAUGCGGUUCGGGCGUUGAGAGAGAGUGGAAUUGUUUAUAGAGGGCUUGAUGAGGUGAUGGUCAGGAGGGCUGUUGCGUUUUGGAAGAGAAAGGGCUUUUAUGAUUUGAUUGGUGUGAUGUAG